UCGCUACAGGAGGCGAUCACCCUAGGAACGAGGGCCUUGAAUUUGAGCGGGAAAAGGCCCGAUGCCGGUGGCUGGAUCUUCCUCUCAGGAAAUUGAUGCCUUGUCAAAAUGGAGAUUAACCAUUUGAGAGCAGCAGAACUGGGGGCCAAUUACCUCUCCAUUUUAUGAACAAUUAUAUGCGCUCAUUUUCCAUUGCUCACCUCCCCAUCUCACUUCCAUCGUGGCUCACCCAUGGCAUUCAGGAGGCAAGUGAAGAACUUCAUGAAGAAUUACUCCGAUGCCGAAAUAAAAGUCAGAGAAGCAACUUCUAAUGACCCUUGGGGUCCCGCUAGUUCUCUGAUGUUAGAUAUCAGUGACCUGACUUUCAACACAAUUUCUCUGUCGGAGAUUAUGAGCAUGCUAUGGCAGAGACUCAGCGAUCACGGGAAGAACUGGCGCCACGUGUACAAGUCCCUUAUGCUCAUGGAUUAUCUCAUCAAGAAUGGGUCGAAGAAAGUCAUCCAGCACUGCAGAGAGGGUAUCUGUAACCUUCAGACACUAAAAGAGUUUCAACACAUAGAUGAAGCAGGAAAAGACCAAGGUUAUUAUAUCCGGGAAAAGUCGAAGCAAGUCCUGACAUUGCUGGUGGAUGAACAGUUGCUGCGCAGAGAGAGAGAAGUCGCGUGUCGGACGAGACAGCGAACCUCCUACUCGAUGACAUUUCCUGAAAGAUUACCUGGCACAGCCGCCUCCCCAGCAGCGCGUGCCUCUGCCCACACACCGGAAGCUCCUGCCUCCGAGAAGAAACCAAACGCUUACGAGGCAGGACUAAAACAAGAGCAGCGCCAAGACACUCCGUUGCCUAGCCGGGCUGUGCUGUUCCGUGGAACACUACCAGCCGAGAUUAAUGCUUGGAAAUCAACAGAGGACCUGAUGUUGUUUUAUGAGGACGAUCCAAAGCCAGUUUUGCCCACAAUUCCUCCUUCCGUCAUCUCGUCAACUAAAUGGUUAUCAGCAGAGCAAGCAGACAUUUGUAACCUCUGCGAUGCAGAUGCUAUGCCUAUUCCCUCAGAAAAAAGCCCAUCUCUGCAGACAAAUGUGAGUUCGGACAAGAAAUCAGACAGUACCGUCACAAAUACCGUAAUUGAAGAUCCUUUGCAAAUGCCUAUGGAGAAGCAGUCCGCUGCAGAAAGUUUUGGAACACUGGCAACUUUACCAUCGUUUUGGUCAUUGAAUGCAGAAGAAUUUAUCAGCCCUAACUUAAGGAUGUCCAAGUUAGAUUCUACGUUCUAUAACCCGACCUCUAUAGAUACGCUCUAUGUCUCUCCUUCAUUCAGAACAUUCGACCCAGUGAAGGAGAUGGUAAACACUAAGGACCAUCAGAGGCCAACACAGCCCAGCAUUGCUCAGAUGGAUGAGGAAAACCUCAAGACUGUGACCCCGUGGGUUUCAACCGCCUCUGAAGGAACAUCCUCCUUUUCUACUUUAUCCAUGCCGUCUCCUGAUUCAGCCUCUCCGGAGAAGUCUGUUCAACUCCUACCCCUGAUUUUGGCGGGACCUUCCUUCUGGACGCUGGCCCAUCAACGGUCUUCUUCUGCCUCCUUUAAAGAUGAAGAUAAGACAGCCAGGGCUCACCACCCCUUUGGCCCUAGGGGCCGAGUGUCUUCAGAUGAAGAGGAGAAUGACAACCUCCAUCUACUAGAAAGUCUGCCAGAUAACUCUGAGUCUGCUAAAAAGCGGACAAGUCCUGCUUCUGCCAGUAACUGGGCAGAGUUCUCCACCCCCAAUGUAGACCACGUCACCUCUGUGUCCUGUCCAAGUUUUCAGACACCUGCCGGCCUGCCUGGGGAGGCUGGAGCAAACAAUUCCAUUAAAGUUCUGCUAGGGGAGGUGAAAAGUGCCGUGGUCAAACUACAUGAAGACCUGAGCACGGUGAUAAGAGAACUGAACGUCAUCAGUAGCCAUCUGGUGAGCAUGAGUGGAAAUAGUCUGCAGCUAAGCAAGACUCUGCAGCUGCCCCAGGCUCCUGAGGGCACCUCCGAUCACAGCUAACGAGCCCAAGAGCCACUUUUGGUAGAACUCAUGUGGUCCCACUUCCUGAAGAUUUAAGUUAACCUUUUGUAGAUUCUCAUCAUUCUGGCAAAAAUCGGAUGGUGGUUUGACUUCUCCUUGUCAGGCUUAUUUACGAAUUAUCUUCCAAACUAAUAAACUCAUUUGGGUGGUUUAUUUUAAAAAAAAAAAAAAGAAAAAGUAUCAUCUUUGAUAAUGUAUAACAUUUAAAUAUGAUCUGUUUUUCAUUUGAAACUGAAGACAAUCUUUCUUCCAUGCACUGGACUUUACCUCAAACUAUGUUAAGCAUUAGUGGAAGUUGUGGCAAGACCAGAGCUGUUGGGCGAGCAGGGGCAAGAAGCCCUUCAGAGCCUGGGGUAGCUAGUCCAGAUGCUCAUGCGCCAGGUUCCAGAUUCUGCAAACCGACGGCCAGCAAUCUCUCCCCUCCUGUGGCCGCCCCCGUUGGUUGGGAGUUGGGCUGAGACAGGUGGGAAUGGAACAGGCGUUCUUGUUGUUCAUGUAGAUUGCAAAAUAAAUUCAAAUGCAUACUUUUCUCCUUGUAUUUGGAAAAUAAAUGCGACAUUUUUCCAUCUUC